CCCAAUAUUGUUAGUUCUAGGCUUUGUCCAAUGUUAGUUCUAAAUUUAUACCAACGUUAGAUCUAGUUUAAGUCCAAUGUUAGUUCUAAUAUGAGUCCAAUGUUAGUUCUAUAAUAUUACGUGUUAGCUCUAUUUUGUUCCCGUUAGUGCUAGGUCUAAUAUUGUUUCAUAUGUCUUAUUGAACUUACAAAUUCGAAAAUUUUUUGCAGGGAAAAAAUUGCUCUAACAGGCUCAGCAGAAACACUAAGGUUAACGGCCAAUAUCGGGGCUUAUUGGGCAUUUAUGAAGCGCCUUGCCCCGAAGAUCCGUCAGUGGCAUAGGGAUGCAUACUGCGGUUCUAUAUUUCAGCACUACAUUUUGUUUGGGGCUCCUGCGCCUGAUCGGCCCACCCUUGAGCUGCUGCUGAGCUUUUUCGAUAGAGAUAAUAACACCUUUUGUAUACCUGAUUCAAAAAGUGGGGGUAUGAAAAAUGUUAGUUUUGAUUUGCAAUGGGUCCACAACCAUACUUAUUUCCCAAUUUAUGGGGAGGACAUAAGGAACAAUAGGGACUCAAGAAGCAGAAUAUGGCUGGAAUACUUCGCUAAGCUUUUCAUUUCUGAAGAGGGUAAGAAGUUAAAAAAAUCAGAAACCAGCCAACGUAAACAUCUUGAAGGGCUACUUGAACGGCUUGUUGAAUCUACCAAAAAGCGGGAUAUCGAGGAUUUUGCUCUGCUACAAAUUUUGUACCAAUGCUCUAUGAUAUGGAGUCCCAUAGCAGGGGAAGGUAUCCCUAGACCCUUACUCAGGUACCUGGAUAGCAUUCAGAGGGUCAAUUCUGUUGCAUGGGCCCCGUUCUUUUAUAAUGAAAUUAUCAGGGGCAUUGGAGUUGCUUUGGAGGGAAAGAAGAAGCAAAAGGUCGCAUAUGUCCCAGGUUGCAUGACACUAUUGUGUCACUCACUCUAUGGCUUGGAGGUGAACAAUUACGAGCAUUAUCUGAACUUCAUUGACAAAUAUACCGCAUACCGCAUAGAGCAUCUCUUGAUCCCUUUGGUCAGGGACGACCAUUGGCAUCUUGUAGAAGUUGACCUUAAAGAUAAAGUCGUCAAGCAUUACAGCUCCGCUGGGCACGAAGCUUGGAUGGAGCCUGUUAAUAAAAUCAUAAAAUUCUUUGAUGCCCAUCAUGCUGAUUUUAUUGAAGACAAUGUGCGCCAAAUAUUUAGAUAUCAAGCCAUCAAAUGCGAGCAACAAAGAGGACGCUUUGACUGUGGUGUGUUCGUCUACCUCUUUGUAAAAUCCAUAAUUGAAGGACGAUCAACAUUGCUGGUUAAUCCUCCGAACGAUAUCCCUGAAGCUAUGCGAGCAAGACUUGCCGCACAAUUAUUACUGGCUGGUUUUGAACAAAGACAUAAAGAAGAAACAGUGUACAGUGAUGAAUGAUAUGUUCAUAC